UAUUAAAUAUUCUCAGUUGAAACGUAUACGUCGGUCGUAAAUGUUGUUCAGUUAAGAUUCUAGCAGUAAAAAGUGAUUAAUAAUACGUCAUGAAAAGUAAAUUAACAAAAAUUUUGAUUCUUUCACAAUUGUUUGUAUCACUGUUCGUACAUUCGGAAUGUGGUGGUCUAGAAGAAAUGUACAAAUGGCGGCAGAUAGCCUUCGAUCAGUUACAAGAAAAUGGAAGUGACGGAAUCGCGUUCCCAGAUGAAGAAACUUCAAAUCAUCUGAACCAAGAACGUCUUAGUGCAUUAAGAUCGAACUACGUUGCGUACAACAAUGUGCCGAUGGGAGUAACUCAUGCAAAAGGAAAGUUAAUUACCACCAUACCGAGACGUAAUCCCGGAAUACCGGCUACGCUGAGUUACAUAUCCACCAAGUCUCCGAAGGGAACUAGUCCAAGUUUUCGAGCAUUUCCAAAUUACCAGACAAAUGAGCUGCACCCAGAGGGUUUACCGGACGAAAAUCGAAUAGUAUCCGUGUACAGGACCCGGUUCGAUGCCUGCAAUCGAUUGUGGUUCAUCGACACUGGCACAUUAGAAUACAAUGGUACGAUUCAAGUUCAACGGCCGUCGAUUUGGAUAGUCGACAUGAACACCGAGCAGAGGAUUAGACGAUUCGAAAUUCCCGAGUCUAUUGUUCAACCAGGACACGGACUUGCUAGUAUAACAAUCGAUGUCGAUUCAAACAAUUGCGAUGGUGCAUUUGCCUACAUACCCGAUUUGCUCACAUAUCGCCUGUAUGUGUACAGCUUUGAGCAAAAUCGUCUCUGGAGAUUUGCGCACAACUACUUUAGUUUUGAUCCAUUGCACGGCGACUUCGAUGUGAUCGGAUUACAAUACCAGUGGAACGAUGGCAUAUUCUCAAUUACGAUGGGACGCCGAAAUCCGGAUGGAUAUCGAUCCGUCUUUUUCCAUCCAAUGGUUAGCGUUUCGGAGUUUGUGGUCAAUUCUAGGACUUUACAAAAUGAAACGGCAUCGCAACGGUCGAAUCAUGGACGGGACUUUAUGAAAUUGGGAGACCGAGGAGUGAACACCCAGUCUGCUAUGCACGACUUCGAUCAACAGUCGGGUGUAAUGUUUUAUUCACAAGUUGCUGUCAAUGGUAUCAGCUGCUGGAAUUCAGCCAAACCAUAUACGCCCCAAAAUCAUGCUCUACUGGAAAGGAAUGAUGUGACAAUGAUCUAUCCCGGUGAUUUGAACGUUGACGAAAGUGGAACGCUGUGGGUGCUGACCAACUCGAUGAUUCGAUUCAUCUACGAUCGCAUCGAUCCAACCGUUUACAAUUUCCGUAUUUGGCGAGCUAAUGCUCGUGAUAUUGUGCGUGGCACGGUCUGCAGUUUGGGAAGAUGAAAUUGAUUUCGUUAUUACUAUAUUGAACCAUCAAUAAAGAGAAGCAGUCUGGAAUUCAGUAUGGUUCCGCAAACAA